CAUUUUUAUUUCCUUUUUAUGACUUUCCGAGAAAUUUAAAAUUAUACUUCAGUGGUAAAUGCAGAAAAUAUUGCUCGACAUUUUGUGUUCAAUAAGCUUGCAAGAUGGACAUGAGCAAAGAGCUAAAGGAAUAUAAGGUUACUGGUCGCAAAUGGCUAACUAGACACAGGAGGGAGGCCUUUUUAUUCUACAUACACGUCUUCGCCGCAAACAAACGUGAGGCAAAGACUGCUUUUUGGUUCUAUGUGGAAAAAAUGGCAGGUAUAAAUCGUCAAGCCGCACACAUUUUUUCGUGUGAGCGCAUUUAUGUAUCAUCGCGUGAAAAGAUAAGGUUCGCGUUUUGGGUCACCUAUCCUAAACGUACUGGUUUCAGAAACACAAUUUCAAUAUAUAAGAACAAGAGUGUUAAUAAUGCUGUUACGAAAUUACUUUGGCAUUUGGGCGCCCGUCGUCGAGCUCUGGCACGUAUCAAGGUGAUUUUUAAUGUGAAUACUGGAUUCGUUAGCGAAUACUCACCGUAA